AUGACAGAACUGUUGUCAGGAAUUGAAGGUGUGGUUUGUUAUUUUGAUGAUAUCCUGCUGCACACCCCUUCUACUGAAGAACACAAAAGACUGGUAGCUAGAGUUCAUGAAAGGCUGAAAGAAGUAGGCCUCCAGUUAAAUAACAAAACGUGUGAAUACUUCAAGAAAGAAAUCCAGUUUCUCGGCUAUAUUGUCAGCGAGAACGGUGUUCGGCCUGACCUUGUUAAGGUCGAAGCAAUCCAGAAGAUGGCAACGCCUUCAAAUGUGACAGAAUUACGUCGUUUUCUAGGAAUGAUCAAUUUCCUAGGUCGAUACCUCCCCAACCUCUCGACUAUCAUUCGUCCCAUUUCUGAAUUGUUGGAGAAGGAGAAGACUUGGGUUUGGGGAGAACCACAAAAGACUGCUUUUGAAAAGUUUAAGAACUUAAUCGGAACAGAGACAGAAAACGAUGUCAAUCUAAAAUCUGCUGUUCACUACACUAUCUCCGGUUGGCCAAAGUACAAAGAUGAUGUACCGCUAGCAGCCAGAGACAUGUUUGCUGUACGUGGAGAACUCUGUGUUGUAGAGGGAAUACUAGUGAAGGGGAAUAGAAUUGUUAUUCCAUUUUCCAUGGGAGGGAAAAUCCUAGAUCGUAUUCACGAUGGUCAUCUUGGUAUUACCAAAUGUCGUGAGCGUGCUAAUCAGUGUGUGUGGUGGCCACAGAUCAGCAAGCAGAUCCAAGAGAUGGUGGCAGCAUGCAGAUUCUGUUUAGAGAAACAACCAUCACACUCGACUGAACCACUUCUAACGACAACCUUACCAGACCGUCCUUUUCAGAUGAUAGGUGUAGACAUUUGUGAGUUUAAAGGAAACCAGAACCUUAUCACUGUUGACUACUACUCGCGAUACAUCGAUAUUGCGUUUCUUUCUCAAAUUACAUUAUUUGCGGUGAUCUGCAAGAUGAAAAUGUUUUUUGCUCAUCACGGAAUCUCAGAAACUGUAGUUUCAGACAAUGGCAGACAAUUUGUGAGUGCAGAAUUCAGGAAAUUUGCAACAGAUUGGAAUUUCAAACACGUCACAACUAGUUCGUACUACCCGCAAGCAAACGGGACGCGGAGAGAGCUGUACGAACUGCCAAAGAGAUUCUUAAACAGGAAGACAUGUUCCUCGCUUUGUUAA